GCAGCUUCAUUUUAAUCUGUCAAACGCUGCGCUUGCUGGCCAUCCGCUAUAAUCGUCUUUACCUAGUGUAAUAAUUGUAUAAUAUUCAACGAUUUGCUGAUAAAAGUGACCAGGAGUAGAGCUAAAUAAUGAACACCGAAGAGGAAGAGCAACAGCCUACGAGAUGUAACUAUGAGCAGCGUACGCUUGCCGCAAGACUGCUUUUACAGCAGAUCGAACGUCUCUUUCAACUUCCCGGAUGUGAACAAGUGAAUCGUACAAUGGUGCCAGCCGUAACAGCUAACCCUGCGCCUAGGAACUACUACACUCAGGAAUCAAUUUUACCCUAUCUGAGUAAAAUUAAACAAUUCCGUCACGAUAUGGAUGUGCCGGUCCCGUUUGCCGAAUACCACGCUAAGUACAGAACACUGCUCGAGGGCAACGCUACGCUGAAAAACCGUGUCUUGCAACAGCGGGGCGUAUUAGAGUACGAGAAAUAUCUCAGCUCCCGUUCGCAAAUCCCGUUUGCCGAAUGGUACGCUGAGUACAAACAACUGUUUGAGUGUGAAGCGCAACAGCUGAGCAACAGUGCCAAGGUGGAUUUGCUCAUGAAAAAACUGGGCCCUGUAGAGUUGAAGAAAUAUCAAAGCUUCAUCUUGCCACGAAAACCGCAUGAUAUAGAUUUUGCAACCACCGUCAACAACUUAAAGAUUCUAUUCCGAUCCGGGCAGACAAAGCUAAACAAAUGGACCGAGUGUCUGGAGCUGGCGAAAGCCCCUGCGGAGGAUCUUACCACCUUUGUGGAGCGGGUGAAUAAAACGACCAAAAAAGCUGAGCUAUCUCCACUGUCGGGGGAACAAUUCAAGUGUCUUAUGUUCGUGCGUGGCCUCAAGUGCAAAGGGGACGAAAGGCUGCGCACACGGCUGAUGGCUAUGAUGGAAGAGCGCGAAGAUGUCACCCUGGCACAGCUUACGGAGGAGUGCGGGAAGCUUAUGGACAUUCAAAGCACUAGUGCUGUAAUUCGAGGACAGCAGCGAAAUGGCAGCCAAGCCAGUGGGCAACGACACGACAUUAAACGUAUGCGCCAUGACAAUUGAUUCUUGUAGGCUAUGUCGAACGGGAGGCAAGGGCGUAGCAAUAUAUACCUAGUGGCGGGGUGUUUUAGUAUCGCAGCAACAACAGGUCUUCAGCGUGGCACAGAGUAAGGAACAAUCACUCUGCAAAACAACAAAUUCACUAAUAGAGCGAUUACUCAACGUUUCAAGAAGAAGAUAUAGAAAAUGAUGCCUUAACAAUGCAACCACACAUCAACACCAACUGACGGAUUAGGAAGCUUAACUCAAUCCUGAUCCCGCCCUGAUCAUCUUCAUAAGUCAGUAUAAGCAACAACAUCAACGCUGAAGCUUAACAAUGAUAUGCAUUGGUGCUGAUCAAGUCCUGGCCAUCCCUCGAAGCUAGAACAAUGCAAUAACACCUGCUGACGGAACACGAAGCUCCACUCAAUCCUGAUCCCGCCCUGAUCAUCUUCAUCAGUCUGUUUUAGUAACAACAUCUACGCCAAAGACACUGCAUCCUACUCGAACACCUCCGCAGUGGAUAUCAGCUUACCGAUAUGUGCAGUGAAGGUGCCUUGUAGUAAGUAGUUGUAGAAGCACCAUGCAGAGGUUGCCUCGUCCUUUAUCUGUUCACAUAUGUGCCUAGCCGACCGAUUCGAGCUCUUAAUUUAUAACUGAACUAUCAUUACUAUCUAUUAUUAUUGCAAAGGUAGCGAUCAUUCGCCAUGCAUCCAAUUUCUCAUCAAUUUAAAAUAAAUGUUAUCCAUGUUCUAUAGUAACGGUCUAUAUAUAGGGCACGUGCUGCUAUUUCAAA